GAGACAUGCUCAUUAUAUCACUAGACCGGCUGGAGGGGUUCCAUCUCCCAGUGACCAAGUUGCAAGGACCGAGGACACCCUGGUGACGGCUCUCAUGAACAAACCCAGGUCGCCGCAUAACCCGGAAAGACCAGGCUAUGGAACCCAAGGACGUGAGGUUCUCCUGUAUGCUAACUACUUUGAACUCAAGUCGGUUGGCAAAGGGCUAUACCGCUAUCAUCUUGACAUCGAAGGUGGUGGGCCUCGCAAAUCACCGACAGGGAAAAAGGCCAAACAGAUUGUUCACUUGUUGCUGGAGGAGCAUUUCCCUGAGCUCAAAACACACAUCGUGACGGACUACAAGUCAACGAUGAUAUCGCAUCGAAAGGUCCUGGAUGAGGAAAACGAACCGGUUGCAUUUGAUGUUCGAUAUCGAGAUGAGUACAGUGAUGAGUAUCCUGAGCGGCCAGAAGUGUACCGGGUUGUCUGCAAGUUCACUGGCCGGCUUGACCCUGCUCAUCUUUUAAAUUAUCUCACCUCCUCUGAUGCAGCUGCUAUGUUCGAUUCUAAAGCAGAUGUCCUGCAGGCGCUGAACAUCGCGGUUGGUCACCACCCCAAAUCUGAUACUUCUAUUAUUUCGACGGCUUCCAACAAGCAUUACCCUAUGGUUGGUGGAUUGGUGGAAAAGUUCAACUUGGGAGCUGGUCUUGAAGCCCUCAGAGGGUACUUUGUCAGUGUUCGUGCAGCAACCGCACGCAUCCUGGUGAAUGUUCAGGUUAAAUAUAUGGCUUGCUACCAAGACGGGCCCUUGAGACAGGUCAUUGGGGAAUUUCAGCACUCGGGCUCGCUCGACCCUCACAGCCUUGGGAAAUUUCUUCUCAAAAUGAAGGUUCGCGUGACUCACAUUGAAAGAAAGAAUAAGAAGGGAGAAAUGAUUCCCCGUAUUAAGACCAUACGUGGGUUGGCUACCCCUCGUGAUGGGCAAUCGCUGGCGAAUCCACCCAAAGUGAGUCGAAUCGGAGCAGGUCCCAGAGAAGUCCAGUUUUUUCUGGAAGCACCUGGACAGCCUUCGUCACAGCAAUCCGGCUCAGCAAGCUCCCAGGGCAAGAAGGGAAAGAAACCGGCGAAGGCAGGCCCUAAGCCUUCCGGAAGCUAUAUCACUGUAGCCGACUUCUUCCAGCGCUACAAUGUUUCAGUGGACCCUAGCAUGCCAGUUGUGAAUGUAGGAGACAAGGAAAACCCAUCUUACCUCCCAGUUGAAGUGUGCAUGGUUGAGCCUGGCCAGCCAGCAAAGGCUAAACUUACACCCAACCAAACACAACAAAUGCUGAGAUUUGCUGUUCGCACUCCAGCGCAGAAUGCCAUGUCAAUUGUUACCCAAGGAACCGAGACCCUAGGAAUUGGCGACUCCGCAAAUCCUACUCUGGUCGACUUUGGCAUCCAACAUAACCCGAGCCUGAUUACGGUCCCUGGGCGAGUCCUCUCCGCUCCCAAUGUCUGUUACAAAGACGGUAAAUCGAAUCAGAAGCAGAUCACCCCUAUCGGUGGUAGCUGGAACAUGAAAUCGAUCCGAUUCUCUACCUCCACGAAGCUCUCCAACUGGACUUGGAUCCUCAUCGCCCCACGGAAAGGUAGACAGCACUUCGAAAAUCCCAAUGAUCUAGAUGACUGCCUUCAGAAGUUCACAGCCAAACUUAACGAGGUUGGAGUGAUGGCAGCAGCACCUAAGCAGGGUCGACGCAUUGUCUACAACAGAGACACCUAUGAGAUGGAUAUCAACACCACGAUCUCAGAUCUCUUAAGGGUAGAAGGCAAAUCCAAAUUAGAGCUCAUCCUCACAAUCCUCCCGUUUAAGGACACAGAGCUGUACAACUGCAUCAAACAAGCGUGCGACAUCCGUCACGGCAUCCGCAACGUAAACGUCCUUGGCGAGCGCUUCCGAAACUGCGCAGACCAAUACUUCGCCAACGUCGGCCUCAAAUUCAACCUCAAACUCGGCGGCAUCAAUCAGCUUCUCAGACCCACUGAACUCGGCAUAAUUGGCGAAAACAAAACCAUGCUCGUCGGUAUCGACGUCACCCACCCCUCCCCAGGCUCCGCCGACAACGCUCCUAGCGUUGCCGGAAUGGUUGCCUCCAUCGACUCUUUCCUCGGCCAAUGGCCCGCCGAAAUCCGCAUCCAAACCAAAGCCCGCAACGAAAUGGUCGAGGACCUCGACUCUAUGCUUAAAAGCCACCUCCACCGCUGGGCAUCCCACCACAAGGGCGCCUUCCCCGAGAACAUCAUCGUCUACCGCGACGGCGUCUCAGAGGGCCAAUACGACCUCGUCGUGGAAAACGAACUGCCCCGCCUCAAGGACGCCUGCAAAGCGCUCUACCCGGCGUCGAUGACCGCAAAGGCCCUCCCCAAGUUCUCGAUCAUGAUCGUGGGCAAACGCCACCACACACGCUUCUUCCCAACCGGCGACCAAGACGCCGACCGCUCCUCCAACCCCGUCAACGGCACAGUCGUCGACCGCGGCAUCACCGAAGCCCGGAACUGGGACUUCUAUCUCCAAGCCCACACCGCACUGAAAGGCACAGCCCGUCCAGCGCACUACUUCACCAUCUGGGACGAGAUCUUCGUCAAGAUUAAGCCCUCCUCGCUCCCCCGGGGCCAAACCACAGCAGACCUCCUCGAGUCCAUGACCCAUCACAUGUGCUAUCUGUUCGGAAGAGCCACCAAGGCCGUGAGUAUCUGCCCCCCGGCCUAUUAUGCGGAUUUGGUCUGCACCAGGGCCAGAUGCUAUCUCAGCAAUGUAUUUGAUCCGGUGACGCCAAGUGGGAGUGUCAGUGCCGGUAGCGGCCCGGUAUCUCUGUUUGAAUCGUCGCAGGUUAGGAUUCAUCCCAAUGUCAAAGACACGAUGUUUUAUAUCUAGGUUGCUGGGUUGAAUGCUCAUCGUCCCGGGCGGUAUCUACUAACUAACUAGUUAGUUAAUUCUUACUGACUUGCUUACGAACUUAUUUACUUACGAACUUACAAAUGUCAUGACAAAUUUGCUUGGACAGAUUUGAUAUG